CUGUGUGAAUGCGAGACAAACUGCACGACAAGUGCCUCAUCAACAGCUGGUCCAACAUCAUGUGCGGCGCAGGAUGAACAGUUUAACUUGGUAUUUGCCAUAGGCGUCGCAGUCGUUGGAGUUUUACUCGUUUUGAGUGGAACGAUAUAUGACAAGUUUGGUACAUUAACUACAAGGUUAAUUGGAAGUGUUAUAUUUUUGUCUGGAUCUCUGACGAUAGCAUUCUCCACGCCAGCGAUUCCGUACGUCCUAUACCCGUCAGUCAUAUGCGUGAUGUACGGGGGUUUCUUUAUCCUCAUGACUAAUAUGCAACUUGGAAAUCUCCUCAACAGAGGGCGCAAUACUCUGAUAUGUAUUGUGGAUGGAGCAUUUGAUUCAAGCGCAUUCGUCUUACUUCUUGUCAAAGUUGCAUAUGAAGCUGGGAUAUCUCUACAAGCCACUUUCUUAACUAUCAGUGCUAGCUAUAGUAUUUGUAUUAUAAGUACGUUUUUGUGGCUACCACGACAAUUUAUUCCCUAUCCAUUGCCGAAUAACUUUUCCAUGGCGAUAUGCUCUUCCUGUAAACGUAACAAUGGUGGUAACGAAGUCAAAUCCGACCAUGAAAUAAGCACUGUGAAACAAAAUCCAAAUGUGAAAUCGGAUGGAACCAUCGAGACGACAGAGGAUAACGCAACAAACACACCAGGUGACUCGCCACAACCGUUUAAUGUUGUUAUACAAUCGCCUAUAUAUUGGACGAGUGUUCUCUGGUUUUCGUCAGCGCAACUAGGGCUCAACUUUUUCUUGGGUAACUUCAACUCGUGGAUAACAUACCUGACUAAAGACAAUACACAACAGGUGAGUAUGUAUACAACAGUAUUCUCGUUUAUGUUAUUCGCGGCUGUUUUUAUCAGUCCUCUAUCUGGGCCAAUGCUUGACAGACGAACAACGAACCCAAUAGGAUCAUUUGCUUUUAAAUUAGAGAAAAUUCGUCAUUUCAUCCCAAUGUUCUGUCUUAACACCGGCCUUGGUGUCCUGGUUUUUGCUUGUGCAGCCAUUCCUGUGUUAGAACUGCAAUACUUCACAUUCGUGGUGUAUGGCUUUCACAGGACAUUUACCUACGGUUCCAUAACAGCAUUUAUUACAGUAGCAUUUCCAACUCAACAUUUUGGAAAGCUUUAUGGUAUUCUGUUUACUACGGGUUGUAUUGUAAGUCUGCUGCAGUACCCUCUGUUCAUCUGGAUUAAAGGACCACUAAAGAAUGACUCCCUUUGGGUCCAUAUUCUUCUACUUUGUUCUGCUGCUAUUUCGGUAAUCCAUCCCAUUUGUGUAUGGAUCUAUUGUCGAAGGAACAAUCGUCAAAUAUACCCUCAUAAGAUGGAAAACAUCAAAGAGGCAUCGAUGUAGGGAGAUUUACCACUGUGCAAAAUCACUACACGUUUUUACAUUCUUAACUUUCUUAACAAAUUAUUGAGACAAAGGAAAUUCAACUUUCUAGAUACAUCAUUAAACAUAAGACUUGCAACACUUACGGGAGCAAACAGAUUAAUUGAUUUCUAAUUGGCUGACUUUGAUGAAUUCAGGGACGAUAUGAAGCUACUCAUCAAGAAAUCUAUCGGCAAAAUUCUUCAAAAGAUUGGGCUGGUCUGGGUAGAUCUUUGUGAAAAAAUAUGAUUCUAGAAUUCACGCAACAAUAAAUGGCGCCAUUGACCCACUGAAACUUCCGGAGCUGCUGGACUCAUUGGCAACGCAUCUGCCUAAAC